UCCCACAAAAAUUAAAACUUGCUAAGUAGUAAGGUACACCCAAUUUUCGAUCUUGAAAAAUUAACUUUGUUUACUUUCAGUCCCAUUUUAAUAAUCUACACAUUGACGAGGAGGGAUUUAUAGCACAACUCUAAAAAGCUGGAAAAGAACAAGGUUGAAAAUUCUGACCCGGCUAGGCUAGCCCUAUUGUUCAUCAAAAUCUGCUCCCCGCAGGCAGAGGAACCUUUCUUUCUGAUUUCUUCAUUCAAAAUAGAACUGAACUGUUGCAUUCCAACAAAGACUGCAUUCUCUCAGCAAAGAUCCCAGCGUUUUCUUCUUUGAUUGCCAUGGAAUCCUUGAUGACGAACACGGGCUCACUCCAAAAGGUUCCAUUUUUCUCUGUUCUCCGAGUUCAAUAUUUGAUUUAAGUUGUGUUCUUCAGUCACCUAGUAAACUGCUAUCGGACCAAGAAGUUUGCUUUUUUCUCUACUUCAGUGCUUUGAGUUAUUAUUUAUCCACCCUCGAAGCUCUCGUUUAGAUUUAGUUCUGUUCUUAGUUCAGUAUGAUAUGAAAGUUUCUUUGUUAAAUUUUUUUUUCUCCCUUUUGUUUGUUUAUAAGAUUUUGUCGGAAAAGAAGCUGCUCUCCUCAGUACUAAUUGGAAAGUGUCAUUAGUUGGGUUUGGAGAUUAGUUUUUAGGGUCUGGGUGUUGAAUUUGCAGCUGGGUUAGAAGAAGUAAUUUGUUUCAAUACCGAAACCAAGAUGCAAUCUAGGAGGGCAGAAGAUUAUGGAACGAGGCCACCUACUGCAGCUAGGUCAAGGGACCCGCGAAUUGAAGAGCCUCCCUCUGACUAUUAUGAGAUGCCUCAUCUUGAUGUAAGAUCCCUGCCUCCUGGAAGGAGCUUAAGCCCACUUCGAAAAUCACUGGAUGGAGGAGGAGAGAGGAGGAAUGGCUCAUUUGAGGAGAGGGAUUUACAUAGAUGGGCAGUUAGAGGCCGAAUCGACGAUCCUAGGUCUCAAUCUGCUUGUUAUGGCCGAUCAGAUGAGAGGCCGCCUAAUUAUGAUGACAAUCUAGGAAAGUAUGAUUUCGUUGAUCGCAUUGUAGACCAUGGAAAUGCAUGGGAUGCUGGCUUUAAGCGGAGUGAUUAUAGCAGUUUUAGAGGUACUCCUGAUGAGGACAGAGUUUCGAAGGUUGCUGAGCAUCAACUGAUGGAUGAUAGACGCACGAUGAUGGAACUCGUGGCUAUGCACAGAAGGGAAUAUAGGCAGGCUGAGCUGGAAUCUUCCAUAAUAGAUGCUGGAGAUUCUGGGCGGUUUUCAUCAUCUUCUAGAAAUGCAGUUGAUGGGCGGUUUAGCAGUGAACAAAACCAGUACCCUGACCCUUUCCUCCUUGAAGGAGUGGCAGCCCUUGAAAGAGAAGAAAGGUUCAGGGAAGAGAAGUUGGCUGCUCUGGAAAGUAGAAGAAGAUAUGGGAAAGUUGAAGAACUGAUACCUAAACCUUGGGAUGAUUCUUACUUAAAGGGAUCACAAUCUGUGUCAAAAGAAUUCCGCCAUAUCCCUCAGUCAGAGGAAUAUGGUGGUACCCAUGGCCAUUUGAGAAGCUCAGGGAUGAAUAUCUCAGGCUCUUACCAAGACGAUGUCCCAUCGCCUGUAGAUUUUCAUCCAAACAGAUCAGCUCAACAUUGGGAACCCUAUAGGUUUUACGAAAGACAACGCAUAGGAAGUAUAGAUUUUGCCGAAAAGAACGAGGAUGCGCUGGGCUACAGAAGAACUGAAUUUCGUAGUCCCACACGUGAGGGUCGCAAACGGGAAUACAUGUACCCUAGGCCGUGCAGAGAAAAUUGUAAUCAUGGCCACACAUCAGUAGAUUUGCCCGAAAGAUUACACUAUCACGAUAAAGGAGGCUAUUAUUACAGAGAUCAAUCUGAUCCUGGUUACUCCCGAGAUGACCGAUCAUUGCCAACAGGAGAACAAGCUAGAAUGUGCUUUGACCACGAGAAUGCUAUGAUGGAAUUUGGUGAAGUUUUUUUAAAACCAGAAGUUCCUGCAUUCGACAUGCCAGCAAGAACGCAUUCUUCUCGUGAAAGAAUUACUAAUGUCUCUGAAAGAGAUGCAUGUCUGGUGUGUGGCAAGGAAAGCACCAGGUCACCACUUGAUACUCGGUAUGAAAGAGAAAUGCAGGAAUAUAAUUUGAGGAGGAAAGGAAUCAGUUCAGAUAUUCAUUAUACUUCUAACUCGCCCCAGAGGCCAUUGAAGAGGAAAAAGUCUCUCGUUGAUGAAGAACCGACUUACUACAGAACUGAUUCCAAUCCAAAUGCUAGAAUGAAGAAUAUCAAUGGUAAAGAUCAACUAGAAAUAGAUGGAAAGUGGAAUUUUGAAGAACCAAGUGAUUUUUUAUCAUCCAAAAGUUUAAACUAUGGUCAUAGUAUGAAUAGAAGAACAGGAAGAGGUGUCGAUCACAAUGAGGUUUCACCAUCUUAUAAAUUGUCACUGUCCGGUGACCAAUCUGAAUACUUGCAAGGAUAUUCUAGUAAACAAUCUAAAUCUGAGAAGAGAACAUCCAAAGGUCUUCCAGGAUAUGAUUCUUACAAAAGAAGCAGUUCCAAUCAUCCCAGUAGGAACGUCUGGGUAAGAGAUGAGGACAACAAACAGCUAGAGGGGUCUCGUACCAGAACAUGGGAAUCAAAAGUGACAGCGGGUUCUUCUGAAUCUGGGCUAGCAGAGGAUUCAGAGGAUUUUAAGGAGCGGGUGCAAAAAUCUUUCUUAUCUUUCAGCAAAAUAAUGAAUGAGAAAAAAAGUACUCGUAGAAGGUACAAAGAGCAAGGAAGAGCUGGUACCUUGUACUGUAUCGUAUGUGGUAAAAGCUCAUCAAAAGAUUUCGUGGAUACUCGAAACUUGGCUAACCAUUGCUAUAUGUCACGGAAGUCUGGCCUGAGAGCACAGCAUCUGGGGCUUCACAAAGCAAUCUGUGUUCUACUUGGGUGGAACAGUGUGGUGGACCAUGAUGUUACUACAUUCAUUCCCCAGGUUAUUUCCAGUUCUGAAGCUUUAGCCCAGAAGGAAGACCUCAUAUUAUGGCCACCAACCAUCAUUAUCCAUAGCGUCUCGAUGUCAGCUCAUCGCUCAGGCGAACAACGUUUCUUGACCAAAGAAGGAGUGGAAGAUUUCCUCAGAGGAAGAGGCAUUACUAUUGGAAAAGUCAAAGUCUCCUCUGGCAUAUCUGCAAACAAUGAUAUAAUGGUGGUGAAAUUUUUGGGCACUUUCCCUGGUUUACAAGAAGCUAAAAAUCUGCACAACUACUUUCUGGAUGAAAAGUGUGGCCGGACAGAUCUUGAACAGAUGACCUUAAGCAAAAGCGAAAGAGUUCUGGGAGAUAAGUUGGAAGAACCUUUGCUUUAUGGAUACAUGGGAAUAUCCGAGGACCUGGAUAAAGUUGAUUUUGAUACCAAGAGAAGAUGUUCGAUUAGGAGCAAAUGGGAAAUAGAAUAUAUAGCUGAGGCACCUCUCAUGCAGUGAUAGAGUUACUUGCAUGCUAAUGCAUUUUUCUCCUGUGCCUUUUGUCUAUAGCAUCUACACUUCUGUUUUACAGUUCUUUAAAGUAUGGAGAUAAAAGCAAUGCAUGUUGAGGUUUGUGCUUUUGCUUGCCUAUUUCUUCAGGUAACAGCAGUAAUUAUCGAAAGAUGAUUAGAACCCUCCUAAUGUUACUGGUUGUUUAUCACUUUCUCUUUUUUCAUGCUAUUAGCAGAGAAUCAGUUGAAAUGCUAUGCUGUUUUUUCCACACCUCACUAUGCUGUGCUGUGUUUCGCACAAUUGUGUUGAGUAUUCGGAACCUAUAAGGGCGAGGCUUGCAAGGAAAACUUUAGUGCAGUGAAGUGAAUGACCUAGCGUGAGUUAUGCUUAGCCUCGUAUUUCAGUUCUGAAGAAAUGAACAUAGCUAUGAAAACAAAAUGGAAAUCUUAUUCAUGAAUGGUACUAAUUUACAACGGACAAAAUGGUGAUAGAAUCAAGGAAUGAACAAAAUAAUAGAGGUCUUAAAUUGCUUUCUUCUCCUGAGGAAUCAUCUUUGUUAACACUCCAUACACAACAAAAAGCUUUAUCAUCUGGUUUGGAAAUUGAGGACUUUGAUGGCGUAAACAAAGACAACGAAGAAGAGCAGAACCCAUCCAACAUGUGCUGCAGCAACUGCUCCAAGGAAGUCAUGUUCAUAGCCGAAAGACUGUUUAAGGUACUCUUUCACUGGAAGGUCGCCGUGAUCAGGAAUGUGGACAAGUUCUGUUGUUUCUCCAAGCUGUGAUGUAAUGAGGCCAUAGAUUGUCCACGCAACAGGAGAACCCCAAUAGUACCACCUCCACCAGAUUGGGAUUGCCUGCGAAUCGCAACAUUGUUUUUAGAAGUCAAGUAGUUUCCUCAAUUAUGAAUUAACUGAACAUGCUGCAACUUUUAAGGUAGGACUUACCAUUCUAGGAAUGAGGAAACCAGAGAACAGGUUCCAGAAGCUGAGGAAAAAUGACAUGAGAAUCGCAGCGAUCUGGUAACUUGGUGUCAGUGCAACAAGCAUCAUUCCGUAGAGGGUGAAGUACACGAAACACAUGAACACGUAGUAGUAGAACCAGAAGAACUUGUCUGCUUCCCAUUGGAAUCCAAUCAUCGAGUAAAGGAGAAGACUGUAAACAAAAGUUUGCACGCCGACAUACAUAGUCUCGACAGCCACCUGCAUUGGAAAAAGAGCGUUAAAGAAUCAGUUGUUGGAUCAUUUUCUUCAAGAAGGGAAUAAGGGGAUUCCAGAUCUAUGUACCUGUGCAAAUGCAUAAGGCAAAGCCGAAAACAUUCCUGCUGCUUUCUCGCGAUAAAAGACUGUCCUCUCAAUAGCAACGACUGACUGUACUGCGGAAGUGUUUGUUCCUCCCAGGAAAAGAACAGCAGCAUACAUUGCUCCAAGAAGAUUCUUCAAAUCUUGGGCUUUGUUCCUGUGUAAAGAAUCAGAUUAUUGAAGAGUCUCUUUUCAGAACAUUAACAGCAGCAUUGUUUAUUUAAAAAGAUUAGAAGAGUAAAGCUUACAUUUUGGUUCCUUUGUUCCAGAAAAUAACUCCAAAUAUCAGUCCAAUUACUGUUGUCAUAAAGAAUCGGAUCACAUUGUACUGAGGAUUUCUCCAAUAAGACCAAUACUGUUUCCAAAAACAGGCUUUGAACUGAGUAAUGAAUGGUUGAGAGUACUUCGUGGGGAAGUACAAGUCCUGGGACCCUGGAGCUGGAUUACUCAGCUCUUUAAUAAGCUGUUUAUUUCUCCUGCAGCGGAAAAUGAGUUACAAGGAAGUUAAUGCCGGCUGCGAAAAGAAAAAGAACUUAGUAACAGUGAUCGCCGAGCUUUAUUGACAUACUUGUGGAGAUCAGAGGUUGCAUAGAUUUCUGAAAAGUCCACUCCGAGUUGAUUUUCAAUAGCAGAGGAACUGACUUCCAGCAUCCAUGUGGCCGGAUUAUAUCCAUCUGUUAUCUUGGUAACCCCCGGAACAGACUGAUAUAGAUAUAAAAAGUGAAAUCAAAUGAUUAGUCUCACUACAACAAUAGCAGGAAAUGGCCGUAGAAUAUGCAGUUCGAAGAAAAUUCCGAGAAUAUGAUAUGAACUCACUUCAAAGUAAUCAAUUAAAUGCUGAGAUUGGUGACCCAGAGGUCCAGCAUAAAUGACUUGCCCUCCUCUCUUCAUUAAAAAGAGCUGGUGAAAUUGCAAGGAAAGGUCAGCUGGCAAUCUUCAGUACUGUGUACUUGUAUUAGCUAGACUUAUUAACUUAUAGUGUGAAAGUACCUCAUCAAAGGCUUCAAAGAUGUCUAUGCUUGGCUGGUGAAUGGUGCAGACAACGGUUCGGCCUGUGUCCACCGUGUUCCUCACAGCUCUCAUGACAAUUGCAGCAGCUCUAGCAUCUAAACCUGAGGUUGGUUCAUCCAUGAAAAUGAUUGAUGGGUUGGCAACUAAUUCGACCGCGAUGGUAAGCCUUUUUCUUUGUUCUGUAGAUAAACCAUCUACUCCAGGAAGGCCAACUAAAGAGUUUCUCAGUGCAUUCAGUUCAACCAAAUCCAUAACUUCCUCCACAAACAUCUGAAUCAACAACAAAACAGAAAAAUGCUUACAAUGAUCACCUCAACUUUGACUAGAUGAUGAAUCAGAAAGUAUUUUGGAGAAAUCCACACCUUUCUUGUUUCUGCAUUCACUUCAGAAGGAAGUCGCAGCCAAGCGGAGUACAGAAGAGACUCGUAAACAGUAACAUUUGGAGAAUGGAUGUCGUUCUGUUCACAAUAUCCACUAACACGAGCAAAAGUUUCUUGGUUCUUAGGGUAGCCAGAGAUGCUGAUAUUUCCUUCGAUAUAUCCUCCGGUUUUCCUACCGGCUAGAACAUCCAUCAAGGUGGUCUUUCCAGCACCACUGACUCCCAUUAGUGCUGUCAAAACUCCAGGCCUGAAAGCACCACUGACUUCUCUCAACAGUUGGAGUCGAGUCUCUUCAAUUCCUUGACUCUUCAUUUCCUGAUUAAAGAACAGACAUUGAUGUCAAUUAGAGUUGUUUAUACUACACUCGAUCUGAAAUCUUUCUGCUAAGGCAAGAUCAUAGUUCAGAUAGGGACUUACUGCAGGCAUGUCAACAUAGUAGUUUACUUCAUCAAAUGAAAGUGACAAGGGCUGAAAUGGUAGCACCAUUCCUUUUUUGUUGGCUACAUCUGAAUUGCUUUUCACUGCCAUGUACCAAUAAGAAAUAGUUUAGCAUUAUAUUGGAAGGUAAACAAGCAAACAGAUAAUGAAAUCACGGUGAGAAAAUCGACAAAAAGUAGC